UGCAGAGAGAGGUGCAGAGAGAGAUGCAGAGAGAGGUGCAGAGAGAUGCAGAGAGAAGGGUUAGAUAAGUGUUACUGAAAUGUGCAAAACUAUGUAAAGAUGUGACUCAGACUUAAACCGGUUAAACGGGAAGUUCAUCAGGAAGUGCAGAGUUUAACAAUACGACAGAACAGCACCGCACAGACGCUCAGGCAAAGCACGUCUUUACGGAGAUUAAUGCUGGACUGAACCAGGACCAAAACAGGACUAAGCCAAGUCUACACCAGGUCUACACCAGGUCUACACCAGGACAAAACCAGAACUAAACCAGGACUAAGCCAAGACUAAAACAGGAUUGCACCAGAACUGCACCAGGUCUAAACCAUAACCAAACCAGGCCCAAACCAAGUCUAAACUGGGACCAACCCAGGUCGAAACCAGGACCACAAAAUGGAUUAAUCUUUUUUUUUUUUUUUUUUUUUUUUUUUGAAGAUUUCUUUUCAGCCCAAGACUAAACCAGGACAAAACCCAGGUCUAAACAAGGACUGAACCAGGACUAAGCCAGGUCUACAACAGGUCUACACCAGGUCUACACCAGGUUUUCACCAGGUUUUCACCAGGUCUACACCAGGACAAAACUACAGAACAGACAGAACUAUACCAGUACUAAACCAAGAUUAAAACAAGACUGUACCAGACCUACACCAGGUCUAAACCAUAUUGAAACCAGGAUCAAACCAGGUCUAAACUGGGAUCAAUCCAGGACUAAACCAGGUCCAAACCAGAUCUAAACGGGAUCAAACCAGGCCCAUAUUUCAUUACCUGCCCUGUUUGUUUCAAGGCCUUUUCAGACCAAGACUAAACCAGGACAAAACCAGGUCUAAACCAGGACUGAACCAAGACCUAACCAGUUCUACACCAGGUGUGAACCUUGACUUCAAAAUGGCUUCAUCUGUUUUCGAAGACUUCCUCACCUGCCCUAUUUGCUACGAGACAUUUUCAGAGCCCGUUUCUCUUGGCUGUAACCACAGUUUCUGUUUAAAAUGCAUCGAAAACUUCUGGCAAAAAAGCAGCAACCGAAACUGUCCGGUGUGCAGAAGGAAGUCCUCCAAAGAAAGUAUCUCUGUGAACUUUGCUUUGAAGGAACUGACCAACUCCUUUAAGCAGACACCCAAAGAGGAGGAGGUGGAGUGCAGUAAACACGACGUACGACUCUUCUGUUUGGACGAUGGGAGAAUUCUGUGUCCGAUUUGCGAAUUUUCUGGGCAUUUGCGACAUAAAGUUGUAGAAUUGGACAAAGCAGUGAUAGAAUUAAAGGAUCACGUUGAAUCUCAGCUGAACAUUUUAAAACAAGAGAAAGAAAUGGUCCAAAAAGCGGAGAGGUGCUUUGUGGAACUGAAGAGACAUUUGACCAAACAGGUAUGGCAAUGCGAGAUGCAAGUUCGCGCCCAGUUCAGCAGGUUUUAUCAGUUUUUGAAAAAAGAGGAAGAGCAAAGGGUCGAGGAGCUGAAGGAGGAGCAGAAAAGGAAAGACGGCGUGAUAAAAGAGAAGAUGGUCAAAAUACAGGAGCAGCUAGACAAGUUAAAUAAAAGGAUUUUGAACAUGGAGGACCAGAUCUCAACGAUGGAUCAAAACGUACAACUUGAGAAGGGAAAAGUGACGGGGAAAGACUUGGAAUUUCUGAAAGAAUACAGCAAAUCUCAAAGCCAAAUCCAAGCGCAAGAAUUCAAACCAGUUUUGCCAAAAAUUGAGUCAGGAAUGUUGAUAAACCAGGCCAAAAUCGUAGGAAAUUUAGGCUUCAAUAUCUGGGAGAAGAUGCGGACUAUUGUACAUUUUAGUCCAGUUAUCUUAGAUCCAAACACCAUGAACCAAGCUCUACGUCUUUCCGAUGAUUUGACGAAAGUUCGGUUGGCAGAAGACCAAACGGAAAAACUUCCAAACAACCCUGAACGCUUCACAAACGAGGAGAUUGUGCUGGGGGAGGAAGGGUUUGACGGAGGGGUGCACAGCUGGGAGGUGGAGGUCGGGGAUUAUUCCAGGUGGGACAUAGGAGUGGUCAAAGCCUCCGUAGACCGAAGAGGAGAGAUCUUCACCGACGAAGAGUCUGGGAUCUGGUGUCUGUGGUUCGGCGAUGGGGUUUACAAUGACGGCGACAUGGAGCACGUUAUCGAAAUGAAGAAAAAGCUGGAGAGAGUUCGGAUCACGCUGGAUUUCACUAAAGGCUUUGUGUCUUUUUACGACGCCGACGAUUUGACGCAUCUUCUCACGCACAGAUAUAACUUCACCGAAAAACUCUUCCCGUACAUCUCCAUAGGACCCAGCGCAGGAGAAACGACUAAAGAAGUACAGAUCUGCACCAAGACCUUUACAUAGACUAGUAGUAGUAAUAGCAGUAGUAGAAGUAGUGGUAGUAGUAGUAAUAGUAGGUAGCAGUAGUCUGUUUAAAUCUUUAAUAGUGGUGGUAUUUUUUUUAUUUUUUCCAUCUGCACCAAGACUUUUACAUAGGGUUAGUAGUAGUAGUAGUAGUAGUAGUAGUAGUAGUAGCAGUGGUAGGAGUAGUAGUAAAGAACUGAUUCUGUUUAAAUCUUUAAUAGUGAUAGUAGUAGUAAUUGUUGAUUUUUAUUUUAUUUUUUUGAUCUGUACCAAGACCUUUACAUAGAGCUACUACUAGUAGUAGUAGUAUUAGUAGUGGUAGUUGUGGUAGUAGUAGCAGUAGUAGGUAGUAGUAAAAGUACUGUUUCUGUUUAAAUCUUUAAUAGUAGUGGUGGAAGUAGUAGUAGUUUUUUUGAUUUAUUUAUUUACUUUUUUAUCUGCACCAAGACCUUUACAUAGGGCUAGUAGUAGUAGUAGUAGUAGUAGUUGCGGUGGUAGUAGUAGUGGUAGUAGGAGUAGUAGUAAAAGUACUGUUUCUGUUUAAAUCUGUAAUAGUAGUGGUAGUAGUUUUUUUAAUUUUUUUUUUUUACCUGCACCAAGACUUUUACAUAGAACUAAUAGUAGUAGUAGUGGUAGUAGUAGUAUUAGUAGUGGUAGUGGUAGUAGUAGUAGUAUUAGUAGUGGUAGUAGUAGCAGUUGUAGGAGCAGUAGUAAAGGUACUGAUUCUGUUUACAUCUUUAAUAGUAGUGGUAGUAGUAGUAGUUGUUUUUAUCUGCACCAACACUUUUACAUAGAGCUAAUAGUAGUAGUAGUAGCUAACUCACACUUCCUGAUUCUCAGAAGCUUUAUUCUUAGACUCGGACAUACACAGUGGACUUAUUUUAACUUCAAGAGUUGCUUAGACAAUCUACCUGUAAGGGGCAAAUACACGGAAGAAAUAAAGUACAAAAAAAGGCAUUUAAAUAUUUUUUCUGAAAAUUAUGAUUGUGUUUUUAGAAAAGAGAUGGCGUCAAUUACCUGAUUUAAUUCUAAUUUAUUAUAUUAUUACAUUAUGUUACAUUCUGUUAAUUUACGUUCAUUUUUAAUAAGCAUUUUUUGCAAAAAUUUUUUACAUCUUUACUGUAUUAUACUGAUAUUCUAAUGUUGCGUAGAUGAUCCAUUGGAAUCCAUUUUUCAAUCUUUUUUAAAUUUUGUAUUUUUGUGAGUCUUUAAAAAUCUUUAUCUGUAGGACUUGCUUAGUUAAAAAUAUGAUGCAUUAAACUGUAAAAUUAUUUGCACUUUUAGAUUAUGAAUGCUUUGGUAACUUGUUAAACUUUGUGAAUAAAAUUGAAAAAGUCAAUUGUA